GUGAAAUUGGAGGACUUGGCUCCUCUGUGCACUCCAAGCCGGUGUCCAUCAACCUGCGUCGGGCCAACGGCUCGGCCUUCGUGAUGAAGUCACUGCGAGAGCCCAUGGUGGUGGUCAUGAAGCUCACUGGACAAGAGGGAAAUGCCACCUGUGCCUACUGGGAUGAAGAUGAGCAUCGCUGGUCCAGAGAGGGAAUCACAGCGUUGGGUACGGCCAAUUCGGAGCUGCGCUGCGAAACAACACAUCUGACGAUUUUUGGCGCAGUGGUGCUGGCCAGCCAGCUGCAGCAGGAAGCUGCCUCGGACUGCAACCUUGGUCUUUGGUCAAUUGAUGGUGUGUUGGCUUUGCUGAAAAUGGAGACUGCCUUUCAAGUGCUUGGAAGCCACAGGAUGUCCUCAUCAGGACAUGUGGUCCUCUUUUCUGCCGUUUGCUUGUUCGUGAUGGCCGUUGCCUGGGGUAUCUACCGCCAGCGAACCCAAGAAGAUGACGAUGUGAAGGAAACCAUCCUUAGCCGCUCCACCGGCCAGGUGGAGAUGAGCUCGGAGUCGCUUGUUGGAGGAUGCCUCCUUGCGAUGCAGGCCUACAGGAGUGGCUUGGAGAAGGAGAUUCUGAAGGCGUUGAGCUCUGCUGCUGGCGAUGCAGGGGCAAAUCGAUCUCGGGGUCGAAGUUAUAGGGCCUCCAGCGAUGUGACCCGGCGCCCCACGGCGCAGCAAAUGCGACAGAAUUCCAGGGCCUGGAAUGUGAUGACCAGGCUGCAAGACCUCCCAGAGCUUGAAACCUUCGUGAGCGACUUUGACAUCGUGGCACACAAGCGUCGGGUGGCUGAGGAUUUCUUGGAUGCACCCUUAUCCAUUCGAGCUGUACAGAUGUUCCUGGCAACUCAUGAGUGGUUGGCGGUGCAACGCUUCACCCUCUUCACCGAGAAGCAUGUCCGAAUCUCCUUCAUUUUCUUCAAACUACUCGCUGCCGCCGCGGUGAGCGCGCUAGCUCUGGCGGGUGUCCCCGAACUGCCGGAGGAUUGUCCUGAACCGACCACAGCCUUUACCACCGCACGCUUUUCAAUCAUUGGUGUUGGUGCUGCCUUCGUGGCAGAUAUCUUGAGAUACUGCUUGGUGCGAGUGAGGAAGCAACACAAAAUCAUUGGGUGGGCGGUUUGGGCCAUUCUGGCCUUGUGGGCGCUGUUCUCGUGUCUCAUGUAUCUCGCGAGUGAUGGAGACCAAUGGCUGCAAAGCCUUGGCGCAAGUGCAGUGCAGGAGAUCCUUCUUGGGCCCCUGGCAUAUUCAGUGCUUUUAGCGACACGAGCUACCAUGGCCUUGAAGAAUCCUGAAGUGAUGAUGGUGGUGGUGCAGAAUUGGAUCGAAGAUGAGGACGUGGAGGCUCCUGGAGGCCGGGAACCGGAGGCAGUUCUCCAGAUCUUGCCCUCGACUCCAGCACGCCCUUCGCGGAAGGAAGAGCGGCGCAGAACAGAGCAGCAGCGUGAUGCCUUCCAACUUGCUUAUGAGAGAGCUGUGGAAGAUGGCCUCAGCCAUAAAGAGGCCACAGUGUUUGCCAAGGAGGCCUGCCAACUCCAACAAGAAGGAGAGUCUGGCGCUUCUUUGGACUCGAGGAGGAACAGGAUGGCCGAACGAAGAGCUGCUUACCAGCAAGCUUUCAACGCAGCCCUCGAGGAAGGAAGAAGCAGGGCAGAAGCCAAAGACAUUGCAACAGCUGCCUUCCGCUGCGCGGAUGUGAACCACUCCAACGUCUCCAGCCACUCGCGCUCCCGUGGCUCCAGCUCUGCGGCCGUGUCCUCCGCCCUGGCCGAGCCGGUGGCGGUCGCCGCGGUCGCCUCGGUGGCGGCUGCCGCGGCGGCGUCGGCGCGGCGGCGGCCGAGUGCUGGGGGGUUCGACCUCAUCAUGCCCGAGGCUGGAAGUCCUGGAAGCCGCGGAAGUCCCAAGGGCUCUGCAGGUUCUGCCAGCUCUGGCGCUCGAGAAGCGCGCGAAGCGCCCAGCCGCCGGAGGAACAAGCAGGCAGAUCGGAGCUCCGCUUACCACGAAGCUUACAAGAAAGCAAUCCAAGAAGGAAGUGAUCAAGAGGAGGCCAAAGAGAAAGCAAUCGCAGCCUUCCAUCGGGCGGGAUCCGACGAGUUGUCGCUCCCUGUGGAUGUGCCCGGACUGGUUGAGGAUAGCUCCUCUGGAGAUGCAAAGAAGCCUGACCUGGCGCGCAAGGGCGAAAUGUAUCGGAUUGCGUACGAGAGAGCUAUUGAUCGGGGUAUGGAUCCAGAAGAUGCAAAGGACAUCGCAAAAGCUGCUUAUCACAAAGCUUGAGAACACCCGAAAGCUGUUGAGAUCCAAUGAAAUCCAGCUCCAUCUUUUGCGAGAAUGUAGAGUUCAAGCGCAGAGCCACUUUUUCAGCAUUCCUAGCAGGCUCCUGAAAACUUACUUUGAGCCUCAACAGAGACCACCUCGAUUGCCAAAAGACAGUUUUCAUCCUAGAGCCAAUGAUAAUGAUUUUAGGAGAGAGAUGUUGCAGGAAGAUAGCACCAGAUAGCACUGUUCCUGCAGCUUCGGCCAGUCUGCGUCCGGAGGGGCC